AUGGUAUUCGAACAUUUGGCAGCAUUUUUUAUUGAUAAAUUUUUGGGAAAUUAUAUCGAAGAUUUCGAUUCUCAUCAAUUAAAAAUUCAUUUAUGGGCUGGUGAUAUUAUUCUUGAAAAUGUUCAUUUAAAAACCAAUGCACUCAGUGACUUUAAUGUUCCACUUGAAAUAAUAACUGGCUAUCUUGAAAAACUUCAAAUUCAUAUUCCAUGGAAACAUUUAUAUACACAUCCAACGAAAAUUGACUUUGAUGGCUUUUAUUUACUUGUUGCACCAAAAACUGAUGUUAAUUAUGAUGUUGAACGAAAGGAAA